AUGUCAUGCAGCUGGGAACUUAGAGGUCAACACUGCUAUAAAUUUUUUAGUAUACGCCACUCUUGGGAACAAGCUGCUGAACUCUGCAGAAGGUAUGGCAGUGACUUGGUGUUGGUGGAGUCAUAUGGAGAAAAUAACUUCACGGCGGGGCUGGCCUCCCGAAGCAUGGGGCCCGCUGACCGAAGCAACCAGCACUACUGGUUGGGAUUGGCGUCUCUGGAUGACCUCCGAACGAACACUUUGGAAUCGGCAGCAGGACUGCUAGUUUCACAGUAUGCAGGAUUCUGGGCAUUGACUCAGCCAGAACCUAAAGCAGGAGAGUGUGUGGACGUAGCUCUGUCAGAUGAGAGCCAGUCAUGGGAGCUCACUACGUGCGAAUCUUUGAUGCCAUUCCUUUGCAAAGCACCAGCUUGCCCCGCAGGCUCCUUUCAUUGUUCCAAUGGUCGAUGCAUCAAUUCAGCCUUCAAAUGUGAUAAACAAGAUGACUGUGGAGAUUUUUCAGAUGAAUUGGACUGCCCUGCAAAUUGUAAUUAUUAUAUGGCUAGCAGUGGUGAUGUGGUAGAAAGUCCCAAUUAUCCACAAAAAUAUGAUGCUCUGUCCAAUUGUAAAUGGACUCUUGAAGGUCCCCAAGGACACAACAUUUUACUUCAGUUCCAAGAAUUUGAAACUGAGAAGUCAUUUGAUACAGUGCAAAUUCUAGUCGGAGGAAGGACAGAAGACAAGGCUGUGAAUUUAGCUACAUUAUCAGGGAAACAAGAUUUAAGCAAUAAGUUAUUUAUCUCUGCAUCAAACUUCAUGAUUGUAAAAUUCAGCACAGAUGCCUCUGUAGAAAGGAAAGGUUUCAGGGCUUCUUGGAAAACAGAACCUCAGACUUGUGGUGGUAUUCUACAUGCUACACCUCAGUCGCAAGAACUUGUGUCCCCAGGUUACCCUCAAGACUAUCCUGGAGGUCUUGAAUGUCUUUACAUAAUCUCUGCCCAAAUUGGUAGAAUAAUAACUCUAGAGGUUGAUGAUUUGGAUCUUGAAAGAAAUCGUGAUUAUAUAUUGGUGCGUAAUGGUGACAAUCCACAUAGUGAGACAAUUGCCCGCUUGACUGGCUCCAAAGAUGACAAUCCACCUCUCAUUAUGUCCACUGGAAAUCAAUUGUACUUGUAUUUUAAAACAAGCUUAGGAGAUUCUAGAAGAGGAUUUAAGAUCAGAUACUCUCAGGGAUGUAAAGCAACAUUAAUGGCAAUGAAUGGCACUUUGACUUCACCUGCUUUUAGCUUUGAUAAUUACCCCAGCAAUCAAGAAUGUUUAUUCAAAAUAAAGAACCCAAGCAAACGAGCUCUAUCUCUCAAGUUUGAUGAGUUCGAUGUUCAUUCUUCAGAUUUUGUGCAGGUCUUUGAUGGUUCAAGUACUAGUGGUUUGGGAUUACAUUCUGGCAAAGGAUACAAUUCAAACACAGCUCCAAGAAUCACCCUCACUGCUGCAAGUGGUGAAAUGUUGGUGCGAUUCACCACUGAUGCUCUGCACAAUAGCGCAGGAUGGAAAGCAACAUUUUCAGCUGAUUGCCCUAAGCUUGUACCAGGAAUAGGAGCUAAAGGUUCAACCCUGGAUACAAUGUUUGGAACUACUGUAACUUUCACAUGCCCAGUUGGGCAAGAGUUUGCUACAGGCCGGCCUCGUAUCACUACGGAAUGCAUGUUAGGAGGGAAUUGGUCAGUUACAUAUAUUCCUCCAUGCCAGGAGGUGUAUUGUGGACCUGUACCUCAGAUUGACAAUGGAUUUUCUAUUGGAGCUACUAAUGUUACCUAUCGAGGUCAAGCAAUGUAUCAGUGUUAUGCUGGAUUUGCUUUCCCAUCUGCAUUGCCAAUUGAAAAAGUAUCCUGCCUUGCUGAUGGUCGCUGGGAACGAUUACCAACUUGUUUAGCAUCUCAAUGUUCACCUCUAAGUGACUCUCCUCAUGCAAAUCAGACAAUACUUAAUGGUGGAGGUCGCAGUUAUGGAACAAUUAUUCGUUACGAAUGUGAGCCAGGUUAUGUGCGUAAUGGUCAUCCAGUUAUUUUAUGUAUGAGCAAUGGAACUUGGUCUGGAAGUGUUCCUCUCUGCACUCGUGCAAAAUGUUACGACUUUCCAACCAUAAAUAAUGGAUUUGUGACCGACACUUCCCGUGAAUAUUACUUUGGAGAUGAAGCCAGAGUGCAAUGUCACAAAGGUUACAAGCUCACUGGAUCAAACAUCAUUAAAUGUGGAAUACAUCAGAAAUUUGAUAAUCCACCAACAUGUGAAGAUGUAAACGAGUGCUCUAACAGCCAAUGUGAUCUGGCUUCUAGUGAGUGCAUCAAUACUCCAGGAGCAUUCCAUUGUCGAUGCCGCAAAGGCUUUGCUCCUAAUCUGGAAUGUCGUCCAGUUGGUGAUUUGGGUUUAAUUACAGGAGGAAUACCUGACGAAUCUAUUACUGUUUCUAGUGAAGAAAAUGGCUACAGAAAAUCUGGUGUACGACUUGUCAAUCCUGAAGGUUGGUGUGGAAAUAGUGUGGAGCCUGGAUCCAAUUGGGUGUUAUUGGAUUUGAAGGCACCAACAAUUGUAAGAGGAUUUAGAACUCAGAGUGUAACUAGGCCAGAUGGUAAUUUAGCUUUCACAUCUGCUGUUAGAAUUCAGUACACUGACAACUUAACAGAUAUAUUUAAAGAUUACACAAAUCCUGAUGGUACUCCUGUGGAGUUUCGUAUUUUGGAGCCCAGCUUGUCAGUACUCAAUCUUCCUAUGCCCAUUGAAGCUCAGUAUGUUCGUUUCAAGAUUCAGGAUUAUGUUGGAGCGCCUUGCUUGAGGCUUGAAGUAAUGGGCUGCACACGUCUUGAAUGUUCCGAUAUCAAUGAGUGCUUGGAUAACAAUGGAGGUUGUGAUCAGAAGUGUAUCAACAGUGCUGGAAAUUUCUCCUGUGUUUGUAAUGUUGGCUAUGAAUUGUAUUCUCAAAACGGUACUGCUGGCUUUAAUAUUGAUGGAUCAGAAAGUGGUUCCAGAGAUGGAGAUGUUUUCCAAUUAAAUAAGAGUUGUGUACCAGUCAUGUGUCCUUCUCUUCCCGCACCUGAGAAUGGUUUGAUAUUAUCUACAAAGGCAAGUUUGAGUUUUCAGUGCAAUUUUGGUUAUGUCAUGUCUGGUUCAGCUUCACUGCUAUGCACUUCUGCGGGACAAUGGAAUGGCUCUGUUCCAGAAUGUGAAUAUGCCACGUGUGUAUCACUUCCUGACAUUGUUGCUGAUGGCCUCACAGUUGUGAGAGAAGAUCCAAAUAGUGUUCUUGUCCCUUUUAGAGAAAAUGUCACAGUUAAUUGUGGUGCUACAGGAAAAAUCUUGAGAAAAACGGCAACCUCUGGUUUUCGGCAAUGUGUGUAUGAUCCUAAACCUGGAAAGCCAAGCUACUGGCUAUCAGGAUUGACACCAAGUUGCCCUCGAGUUGACUGUGGAAUUCCCCAUCCCACCCCAGGGGCAGAAUACGGCAAUUAUUUGGAUACAAAAUUUCAGUCUUCCUUCUUCUUUGGUUGUCAGGACACUUUUAAACUUGCAGGACAGACUAAUCAUCAUGAUAAUGUUGUUAGAUGUCAAGCAAAUGGUGUCUGGGAUUUUGGAGACCUACGCUGUGAGGGCCCAGUGUGUGAUGAUCCUGGAAGACCUACUGAUGGAUUCCAAGUAGCUCGCAGUUAUGAACAGAGUUCUGAAGUAGGAUUUGGCUGCAAUAGGCCAGGUUAUAUUCUUAUCAAUCCUCGACCUAUAACAUGCAUCCGUGAGCCUGAAUGUCGAGUCAUCAAACCUCUUGGUUUGGCAUCAGGAAAAAUUCCUGACUCUGCAAUCAAUGCUACAUCAGAAAGACCUAAUUAUGAGGCUAGGAACGUAAGACUUAAUUCAGUGACUGGAUGGUGUGGAAAACAAGAAGCAUUCACAUAUGUGAGUGUUGAUCUUGGUCAAGUCUAUCGAGUAAAGGCAAUUCUGGUGAAGGGAGUUGUCACAAAUGAUAUUGUAGGACGUCCCACUGAAAUUCGGUUUUUCUACAAACAAGCAGAGAGUGAAAACUAUGUUGUUUACUUCCCUAACUUUAAUUUAACAAUGAGGGAUCCUGGUAAUUAUGGUGAACUGGCAAUGAUUACUCUUCCUAAAUAUGUUCAAGCAAGAUUUGUUAUUCUUGGAAUUGUUAGUUACAUGGAUAAUGCCUGUUUAAAAUUUGAACUUAUGGGAUGUGAAGAGCCAUCAGCAGAACCUCUUCUUGGUUAUGAUUAUGGUUAUUCUCCUUGUGUUGACAAUGAACCACCAGUCUUCCAGAAUUGUCCACAGCAACCUAUCAUUGUGAAGAAAGGUCCCAAUGGUUUGGAACCUGUGAACUUCACUGAGCCCAUUGCAGUUGAUAAUAGUGGUAGCAUUGCUCGCUUGGAAGUGAAACCUCAGAGUUUUCACACUCCUCUUCAGGUUUUUAAAGACAUGGUUGUGAAAUAUGUUGCAUUUGAUUAUGAUGGCAAUGUUGCUAUUUGUGAAAUUAACAUCACUGUACCAGAUGACACCCCACCUCUACUCAGUUGUCCUCAGAGUUAUGUGAUAGAAUUAGUAGACAGACAAGAAAGUUAUGCUGUCAAUUUUAAUGACACAAGACGUCGGGUCAAUGCCUCUGAUGCUUCUGGGGAAGUGAGUGUUCGAUUUGUGCCAGAGCGAGCAACCAUACCCAUUGGUGGAUUUGAAAAUGUGACUGUCAUUGCAACAGAUAAAUUUGGAAAUCAAGCUACUUGUCAUUUUCAAGUGGCUGUACAAGCUACACCCUGUGUAGAUUGGGAAUUGCAUCCUCCAGCCCAUGGAGCACUGAACUGUUUGCCUGGAGAUCGAGGUUUGCAGUGUAUUGCCACUUGUAAUCCAGGAUUUAGGUUUACAGAUGGGGAACCAGUAAAAACCUUUAGCUGUGAAGAAAAGAGCCCUUGGUCUCCUACAUCUGUUGUACCUGAUUGUGUGUCAGAAAAUACGCAGCAAGCUGACUAUCAUGUUGUUUCAUCUGUAACUUACCGUGCCAAUGGUGCCGUAGCCAAUUUCUGUUUAUCACAGUACACUGAUCUACUGACGCAAUAUUACAGUAGCUUGAAUAGUGUUCUAACUCAACGGUGUUCAGCUGUCAAUGUCAAUAUGAAUGUUUCGUUCAUUGAUGCUAAACCACAGUUAUUAGAAGAAAAUGUUGUCCAGAUGGACUUCAUUCUAGUUAUUGUUCCUGCUGUAAAACAACCUCAGUUAUAUGAUCUUUGUGGAUCAACAUUGAAUUUAAUAUUUGAUUUAUCAGUUCCUUAUGCUAGUGCUGUAAUUGAGCCUUUGCUCAAUGUAUCAGCCAUAGGAAAUCAGUGUCCUCCUUUGAGAGCGCUGAAAUCAAAUAUCUCACGUGGUUUUGAUUGUAAUGUAGGAGAGGUUCUUAACAUGGAUACCAAUGAUGUGCCAAGAUGCUUGCACUGCCCUGCUGGAACUUUUGCUGGCGAGAAGCAAAGACUUUGCACAGCAUGCCCAAGAGGAUUUUAUCAGAAUCAUGAUCGCCAAGGCUCUUGUUUAAGAUGUCCUUUAGGCACUUACACGAGGGAAGAAGGAUCCAAGAGCAUUACUGACUGCAUUCCUGUUUGUGGUUAUGGCACGUACUCUCCAACUGGAUUGGUUCCCUGUUUGGAAUGUCCUCGAAACAGCUACACUGGAGAACCUCCAACAGGAGGAUUCAAGGACUGUCAAGCAUGUCCAGCAAGUACAUUCACAUAUCAACCUGCUGCACCAAACAAGGGUUUCUGUCGAGCAAAAUGCUCCCCUGGUCAGUAUUCUGAUACUGGUCUCUCACCUUGUGCUCCAUGCCCUAAGAAUUUCUACCAGCCUCAAGCAGGACAGACAACGUGCUUUGAAUGCCCAACAAAUAUGCGAACACCUGGUCCAGCUGCAGUUGGUCGGGAAGAAUGUGAGGCUGUUCAGUGCACUGAAAAUGCUUGCCAACAUGGUGGUCUUUGUGUACCUAUGGGCCAUGGAAUCCAGUGCUUCUGCCCUGCUGGAUUUUCGGGUCGUCGUUGUGAAAUUGAUAUAGAUGAAUGCUCAUCCCAACCUUGCUAUAAUGGUGGAACAUGUACUGAUCUUCCUCAAGGUUAUCGUUGCCUCUGCCCGCCAGGAUAUUCUGGAAUAAAUUGUCAAGAAGAAAAAUCUGAUUGUCGAAAUGAUACUUGUCCUGAGAGAGCAAUGUGUAAAGAUGAACCAGGAGUAAAUAACUACACCUGCUUGUGUCGUUCAGGAUACACUGGAGUGGAUUGUGAUAUAACUAUCAAUCCUUGUACUGCCAAUGGCAAUCCUUGUUCAAAUGGAGCAACUUGUGUGGCUCUGCAACAAGGGCGUUUCAAAUGUGAUUGCUUACCUGGAUGGGAAGGACAACAUUGUGAAAUUAAUACUGAUGAUUGUGCAGAGCAGCCUUGUCUUCUAGGAGCUAACUGUACAGAUCUUGUAGCUGAUUUCAGCUGUACUUGUCCAUCUGGUUUCACUGGGAAACGUUGUCAUGAAAAAAUUGACCUCUGUGGUGCUAAUCCUUGUCUGAAUGGUGUAUGUGUGGACAAAUUAUUUUCACAUCAAUGUAUCUGUUAUCCUGGCUGGGCUGGACCAUCAUGUGAUAUUAACGUUAAUGACUGUGAAAGUGCUCCUUGUGAAAAUGGAGGAUUGUGUGAAGAUAUAGUUGAUGGCUUCAAGUGCAGCUGUGAGCCUGGCUACACUGGCAAAUUCUGUCAGCAUACUGUUGACGAUUGUGCGUCCGAACCAUGUCAGAAUGGAGCUUCAUGUGUGGAUAUGCUGGAUGGCUUUAUGUGCAAGUGUCGACCAGGAUUUGUUGGUCUUCAGUGUGAAACGGAAAUUAAUGAAUGCUUGAGUGAACCUUGCAAUCCUGAAGGUACAGAGAUCUGCGUAGAUGAAGAUAAUAAAUUCACUUGUAAAUCAAAAUAUAAAAACAUGUUACAUUUAAAUGAAGAUAAUUGCAUAGUUGGUUUGUGCCCUCAGGUAAAUAUUGAUGACUGCGCUUCAGAACCUUGUCUAAAUGGAGCUGUAUGUAAAGAUGAAGUGGGUGGGUUCCAAUGUACUUGUCCCCCUGGAUGGACAGGACAUCAAUGUGAGAGUGACGUUGGUUCUUGCCAAAAUCAGCCUUGUCAGAAUGAUGCAAAUUGCAUUAACCUUUUCCAAGACUUCUUCUGUGUGUGUCCUUCAGGAACAGAUGGUAAACAUUGUGAAACUGCUCCAGAAAGAUGCAUAGGCAAUCCUUGCAUGCACAGUGGAAAGUGCCGAGACUUUGGUUCAGGACUCAAUUGUUCUUGUCCUGCAGACUACACAGGCAUUGGCUGCCAAUAUGAAUAUGAUGCAUGUGCAGCUGGAGCAUGCCAGAAUGGAGCAACUUGCAUAGAUAAUGGUCCAGGUUACACAUGUAUUUGCCCUCAUGGUUAUACAGGCAAAAAUUGUGAAGAUGAUAUUGUUGAUUGCAAAGAAAACUCUUGUCCUCCAUCCGCAACAUGCAUUGAUUUGACAGGAAAAUUUUAUUGCCAGUGCCCAUUCAAUCUUACAGGAGAUGAUUGUAGGAAAACAAUAUCUGUGGACUAUGACCUGUACUUCAGUGAUCCAACACGCAGCAGUGCAUCACUUGUAGUGCCUUUCUAUCUGGGUAGUAAAAGUAGUCUCACGAUUGCUAUGUGGGUGCAGUUCACUCAAAGGGAUGAAGGAGGCAUAUUUUACACUCUAUACAGUGUCACGUCUCCUCAUAUACCAUCAGGACGUAGAGUAAUGCUGCAAGCUCAUAGUAAUGGAGUGCAGGUUUCAUUAUUUUCGGACCUUCAAGAUGUGUACUUAGGAUUCAGAGAAUAUGCAACUAUCAAUGAUGGACAGUGGCAUCACAUUGCUGUAGUAUGGGAUGGAGAAAAAGGAGGAGAACUAACCCUCAUUACUGAAGGAUUGAUAGCAAGUAAAGUAGAAGGUUAUGGAGGUGGUAGAAAACUGCCUGAACAUGGCUGGGUAACAUUAGGAAAGCCCUCCAGCGAUAAUCCAAAAGCAUAUACUGAAUCUGGUUUCCAAGGUCAUUUGACUAAAGUUCAAGUGUGGGGAAGAGCAUUAGAUGUCACUAAUGAAAUUCAGAAACAGGUGCGAGACUGCCGCACAGAACCUGUAUUGUAUCGUGGUUUGACUCUCACUUGGAAUGGCUAUGAUGACACAGUUGGAGGAGUUGAACGAGUUGUUCCUUCACAUUGUGGUCAGAGAGUCUGCCCAGCAGGGUUCAGUGGGGCAAGAUGUGAACAACUUCAAGUAGACAAGGUGCCACCAAAGGUGGAACAUUGCCCAGGUGAUUUGUGGGUAAUUGCAAAGAAUGGCUCUUCAAUUGUAUCUUGGGAUGAGCCACAUUUCAGUGACAAUGUUGGAAUUGUGCGAGUUGAAGAAAAGAGUGGACAUCGACCUGGCCAGACACUUUUGUGGGGAACUUACUCUAUUGCAUAUGUAGCAUAUGAUCAAGCAGGAAAUAGUGCUACAUGUUCCUUUAAAGUCUACGUUUUGGGUAGGGACAUACUUCAUUCUGAAUUUUGUCCCGAGUUGGCUGAUCCUAUUGGAGGUACACAAAUGUGCAGAGAUUGGGGAUCAGGUGGACAAUUUAAAGUGUGUGAAAUUUCCUGCAAUGCUGGCCUGCGAUUCUCUCAAGAAAUACCAAAAUUUUACACUUGUGGAGCAGAAGGAUUUUGGAGGCCAACUAAUAAUCCAAAGUUACCAAUGGUGUAUCCGGCAUGUUCCAGUUCACAUCCUGCCCAAAGAGUUUUCAAAAUUAGUAUGCUCUUCCCUAGUUCAAUUUUGUGUAAUAGUGCUGGACAAGUUGUUCUUAAACAAAAAGUUCGUAAUGCGGUCAAUGCUCUAAACAGAGACUGGAAUUUCUGUUCCUACUCAAUGGAAGGCACACGAGAAUGUAAAGACUUGAAUAUCGAUGUGAAAUGUGACCAUCGCUCUCGUCCAACCAGACAGGCUCCAGAAAGUGGAGGAACAUAUGUUCUUGAUGCCAGCGUUCCUGUUGAUAAGCUUGGAAGACAAUCUCGUCAGGCCAGUGACACAUACAACGUAGAAAUUUCCUUCCCAGCUGUCAAUGAUCCUGUAAUCAACUCUAACUCAAAUGAAAGAUCUAAUGUGCAAAGACUACUGGAAAAACUUAUUCUGGAAGAGGAUCAGUUCGAUGUCCACGACAUCUUGCCAAACACAGUUCCAGAUCCUGCAUCUCUGCAGCUGCAAUCUGACUAUGCUUGUCCACAAGGGCAGGUUGUCAUAGCCCCUGACUGUGUUCCUUGUGCUGUUGGGACAUUCUAUGAUGCAAACACUAAGAUUUGUAUACCAUGCCCUGUGGGAACAUAUCAAAGUGAAUCAGGUCAAUUGCAAUGCACAACAUGUCCUGUGAUUGCUGGACGACAAGGAGUUACAGUUGCUCCAGGAGCCAGAAGUGCUUCAGAUUGCAAAGAACGUUGUCCAGCAGGAAAAUACUUUGAUGAUGAAGCUGGACUAUGUAGAAGUUGUGGUCAUGGAUUCUAUCAACCCAGUGAAGGUAGCUUCAGUUGUCUGCUCUGUGGAUUAGGGAAGACAACUAGGACUACUGAGGCUGUAUCUCAGGAAGAAUGUCGAGAUGAAUGUGGUUCAGGAAUGCAGUUGGGAGUAGAAGGAAAAUGCGAAGCAUGUCCUCGAGGAACUUACAGAACACAGGGUGUACAGGCUGCCUGUCAAGGAUGUCCACUGGGUCGUACAACUCCCAAGUAUGGCGCAACAUCAAUUGAAGAAUGUUCAUUACCUGUUUGCCCACCAGGAACGUACCUCAAUUUCACUCAGAAUAGCUGUGAAGUUUGCAAGAAGGGAACAUAUCAAUCGGAACCUCAGCAAACAUCAUGUAUUACAUGUCCUCCAAAUACUAGCACAAAGGGAACCUCUGCAACAAGUAAAGCUGAAUGCACCAACCCAUGUGACACAGAAGGGCCUGAUAUGCAUUGUGAUCCUAAUGCACAUUGCCUUCUUAUCCAGGAGACAAGUGAUUUCAAAUGUGAAUGUAAGCCAGGAUAUAAUGGAACAGGAAUAGUUUGUACAGAUGUUUGUACUGGAUACUGUGACAAUGAAGGAGUGUGUGUCAAGGAUAGUCGAGGACAACCGUCUUGUCGUUGUAUUGGUAGCUUCACUGGCAAGCAUUGUACGGAAAAAUCAGAAUUUGCAUACAUAGCUGGAGGCAUUGCAGGAGCAGUUAUAUUCAUUAUACUGAUCGUAUUAUUAGUAUGGAUGAUAUGUGUUAGAUCGGCUCGCAAGAAGGAACCAAAGAAGAUCUUGUCUGCAGCAACAGAACAAAAUGGAUCACAAGUUAAUUUCUAUUACGGAGCACCCACUCCAUAUGCAGAAUCAAUUGCACCAUCUCACCAUUCAACAUAUGCUCAUUAUUAUGAUGAUGAAGAAGAUGGCUGGGAAAUGCCAAAUUUCUACAAUGAAACAUACAUGAAAGAGAGUCUUCAUAAUGGAGGGAAAAUGAACAGUCUUGCUCGUUCUAAUGCUAGCAUUUACGGAAAUAAAGAUGAUUUGUAUGAUCGUUUGAAACGCCAUGCUUAUCCAGGAAAGAAAGAUAAAAGUGACAGUGACAGUGAAGGCCAGUGAGAUUUCUGUGCAGAACUUACACAAAAAGAAAAUCUUUCUGGUCACUAAUAAUGCUCAACCUUUACACAAGUGGUACUUGUGAAUAUUUUAAAAAAUAAUUAUCUCCUGUGACUGUUAAUGAAGGCUGAUUGCUGACACAGAGGGUUGAUAUUAUUUUGUCUGAUCAGUGUUAAGUGUGCAGUGUAGUGAUUUCAGUGCGCCAGAACUUUAAACCCUGUCUUAGCAACCAGGCAAUAAAAUAAGGAGAUAAAUUACACUACAAGGAUUUUUAUGACAUACUUCCAUACAAUAAUGUGAAACUGAAAAACUGUUUUUUACUGCAUUUUAUAUUUUUGAGAUAUGAGGAUAUCUUGGAUAUGAUCAGCAUGUAAUUUAAAUGUGAGCGUUCCAUAAAAAUGAAUGAAUGAGUGUGUGAAUGACUGUAUAGUUAUGAAGAGCAGAGUAAAAAUUACAUGUAUAAUUAUAAAAAAUGUAUGUCUGGCUCUUGGUACACAGAUACACAAACAAAUGAUAACUCAAAAUCUAUGACCAGUAUAUACAGUAUUUAUAUUAAAAAUCACAAACAAAUGAUUUGCACAAUGACAUGUCCACUAUUAUUAUAAUUAUGACUUCCCUGUAAAAUAAUUGAAACUUACCACAACAAACGGUAAUAUCAGUGGCUCUUCACCAGAGGCAACUUUAUAUGAAGUGGCAUAUACAGCCUAGAAUGACAAUUGAAUUUCACUCAAUGUGAAAUUUCAUUUUAAUAUUUUUCUUGAAUAAAGAUUUAUGAUGAACAAAGUAAAAUUGGUAAUAUUAGAUAUCAGAAAAGGACAAGUGUAAAUAUUAACUAAAACUGGUCACAUGAUUUUCAUACGUAAAUGCAAAAGUCCCUGAAACCCAAAGAAAGAACUAUCAGGUAGCAAAUCUCAUACCAAUGUUCUUUGCUAAGUGCAAGAAAGAUGACUUGCAUUUAUACUAGUGCCACUCAUCUCUUGCAUUAUAGAUAGUGCUUGUAGAGAUCUGGUAAUUUGAAACUUGCAAAGAAGUCUAAGAAAAUUAUUAUUCAGCCAAUCCAAUGACAACUGGGAAACAAUGUAAUUGUAAUAAGUAGUGUUUCAUUAAUUAACAUAUUGUCUUUUGUCUUGCUCAUGGAAAGUCAUUGGCUUGAAGACUUCUGUAAAAAUAACUGUUAUGAAAUUGGAAGACAUAUUUUAUUUCUCUUAUUAUGAUAUGUGUAAUAAUGACUGUAAACAAAUUUCUGUGCAUAUUCAUCUAUUUUGUAAAUAAAGUACAUAAUUACCACUGACAAAUUGAUGACUUGGAAUUAUAUUCACAGCAGAAGCAGCAGGGCAUAGAUAGUAAGCAAUACACA